AUGGGGGGAAAGAAAGCUCAAGUCAACUUCUUCUUGAGAGAUUUGGGGGACACAAUGCAAUAUUUUGAGUUUAGACAGAAACAACUUGAUCCUUCUGCACCAACUAUCAUACUCUUGAAGCCAGUGGAAUUGCAGAUAAGGGUAGGAUCAAUACUGAAGAAGGUUCAUAUUUUGAAGGCAGGGUGUUCGAAGAGAGUGAAAAGUAAAGGGAUAUAUAAGGCUUAUAUGCCUGGGAGAAGUGGAAGCAAUGAUGUGGGAUUGAAGAGUUUGUUGUAUUACUAUGAUGAGACUUGUCAACCUUAUAUAUGGAUUCAUGAUGUAGGGGGUGGUUCUUUGAGGAUGGUGAAACAACAGUAUGUGAGUCUUGAGGAUUUGAGGGAGUGUUGUGAGAUUAGGAUCUUGAGGGAUCAACAUAAGGGUUGCAUUUCGGUUUGUAAGAGAACUAGACCUGAUUUAUGCUGA